GUUUGUCGUCUCUGAGUGAGCAAUCAACAUACACAGGUCAACUAUCUACUAAGCGAAUCCGAGCUGACCUCAAGACAUUGUCUGUCUUUACUUUUUCUACUUCCUUAUCCUUCAUUUCCCGCUGGACUUCUUUUCCGUCCUCUGAUCUUUUGGCACACUCGCGUCUUCCUUCCCUUUGGUCACCGGGGAAAUCGGCUGGCUGAAAGGGGCAGUGGGGCCCCCUAAUAACGAUCCAUGAUCCGGCAAAUCCACUGUUACCCGCCUCCGUUACGUAUUAUUGUGCAACUCGCAUUCUUCUCGCGCGCUUCUAAUCCUUCUAGCGCCCUCGCCCUGCCUGUUCGCCCCCGCGACCGCGGAUGGAGCUGCGAGCAACCAGAACCAGCGCGCCAAUUUUGCAGCUUUUCGGUCCUACGAUCGCAGACUACCAGACUCUAGUAAACGAU